GGUUAGUAGAGUAACCGCCUCAGGGCCACGGUCGGUCCGAGAUCCGGUCCCGCCAGGUACAUAUCGGAAGAGUUUGGGAGGUAGUGGGCAGAUUCUGCUGAUGCGAAUGCGUUGCCUAUGGUAGGUACUGGCCGUUCGUUGGCUACUCGUUGGCUGUUUCUUGACGUGUGCUCCUUGACGAGUGCUUCGACUUUUCGACUCUUUGAUUCUUGUCGUUCGACUCUUCGCUCUCGACUCUUCGAGCCUUCGAUUGGCCGGUUGUGUAUGUGUAUAAUUAGCAGGCGGUUACGGCCUGGCCUACCUACUUCCUACAGGCUACACAGUACAGGCUACCAGGUACAUGUCUACAUACUCAGGUACACAAGUAGGUGCAUCGAUAGAUAGAUACUCAAAAGAUCGUUCGACCUCCCCCCUCCAGGAUGAACCCACCGUAGGGCAUAGUGGUGAGUGUUUGGUUUUGAACCUUGACUCUCCCCCUCCUUAAGUCCGUAAGCGAGGUGGAGGAUAACUAUACUAGUUGUUGGGUGCUGAUUAGUCAGUCGAUCGGCUGGGAGUGAGUGAGUGAGUGAGUGA